AAAUUGCUUUACAUUGCCUUGUGACAUGAUAAUAAAUCAGCAGAUUAACUGGUUGCUAUGAAUUAUGGGAAAUUGACAUUGACAGCUGUCGUUUGUUACUUCAAUCAUCAUGGCAUUGAAUGUUGUAAAGAAGGCAAAGAAGCCUAAUUGGGAGUCCAGGGCGACCAAGUCCUUGGUCAUGGCCCUUGAGGAUCAUGACCACGUUAUUAAGGCAAAGUUUGGUAAACAUGUGACCAAAUCUGAGAAGAACAGGGCUUGGAAUGAGAUAUACCAAAGGUACCUUAAGCCCAAAUAUUAAUGCUGCAAUAGGCUGUUUCAGUGUUUUGAAGUUCCCGUAGCUUAAUCUGUGUUUAAUCUUCAAACAUAUCAGUACCUUGGUGCUGCCAUUCCUAAUUUUGACCUAAAAAUGGAUUUAUGAGGGCAAAAAUAGGCUGAAAAAAGGGAGUAAAUAAUUAUGAUAUCACAUUCUUAGUGUGUUUUGGAAUUGAAAAGGAUUGUCUGUCCUCUUGUGUCCUUUUAAACUGAAGGCUACUCACAUCCACACAGUGUCAUGUGAAAACAACAUUAAAAUUAAAAUAAACCCGAUAAAUUCUAAGAGAUGCAAGAUUGUUUUAAAAAUGUUGUUUUUACACCUGGCAUGGUAUUUCCUGCCCUGGCAGAAGUAAAAACUAUCUACAAUACAUAUCUGUUAUUAUUUCUAAACUAAGAACUUCUGAUAUCAAUGUUUUGGUUAAGUGAAUUGAUAAAUCAGGAUUCACCUUUGGAAACUGUGUUUUCAUUUUAAUUCACAUACUUAUAUCUUCAUGGUAUAUAUGUGAAUACGGCUUCCUCUCUGGCCGUCCUUGCAAAGGUCUGCCAGCAUCCUGUGGAUGGUCAUGGGUUUCCCCUGGGCUAAGCCUGGCUUCCUCCCACUUUAAUGCUGGUUGCCAUCGUAUGGGGGUAAUAUCCUUGAGUACCGUUUAAAACAGCAAUCAAAUAAAUAAAUAAAUGAACAUUUGUGAAUAUUAUUUCAGUUUGUCCUUUUCUUUGAUUUACCUAGUUUUGGUGACAAGUACAAUCAAAUCUGGAUAUUAUGUUUCUAUUUAGAAUGCAUUGUGCAAUAUUAUUGUUUCAUAGAGUGAACAGUGUGACGAAAGUUGAGAGGACAGUGGAGGAAAUCAAGAAAAAGUGGAGUGACCUGUCAAGUCAGGUUAAGCGCAAAGAGGCUAGGAGGAGGGCAGAUGCCAGAAAGACUGGAGGAGGGGCUCCCAUGGAGGAGCCAUCUGAUAUGGAAUUAAAGAUGACUGUUGUGAAGAUGAACCUGCCAUGGGUGAAGGCACCCAAACAACACCAUCUGAACCAGACACAUUUGAUUUGCAACGGAUUCCUGUUUUUGAAAUAUGCCUACAGAACCAUCAACCUCACCCAUGCAUUUGAAGAUUAUGCUAUCCAGCCUAGUGAAACGCCAUCUGCUGUGCAAGUUCUGCAAAACAAGGUGAAUGUUCCCACAGCAAAGAAAGUUCCACCUACACAGACGGAUAGGCUGGAAGAACUCGAGAAACAAAGGCUGGCGGUCGAGAGGGAAAGGCUUCAGAUCGAGAAGGCACGUUUCACUCUGGAGCAACACAGGUUUAACUUUGCUGUUGCCCAGAGUGGAAUUAGCGAAUGGCCAGAUUUGGCCACUAUUUUGCUUCAACAGAGCCACAACAACUGAUAUGUUACUCUCAUUUAUUCAUUUAUUUAUUUGAUCGGUGUUUUAAGCCGUACUCAAGAAUGUUUCACUUAUACGACAGCGACCAGCAUUAUGGUGGGAGGAAACCAGGCAUAGCCUGGGGGAAACCUACAACCAUCCACGGGUUACUGUAAAUGACUUAAUGCAGAAGGCCGGGGAAGUAUUGGGCAGUUUGUGUGAAAAGAUUAUGGUUUGAAGAUUUGAAAAUGGCGAACAAUUUUUUUGUUAGAUUUACGUAGAGGUAACAAAAUUUAAUGGAAGGUCAUAACACACACUUAAUCGCAAAUAAUAAAUACCUUCAUGUGAAAGGGGAGGUAACUGUGAAAAUAAUUUUGAUAAAUCAGAAAGCAAGAUUUUAAAACCCGAUUCAAACCGUACUCUUUUUACAAGAAUUUACAUUGUAUUUCCUCGGUCUUCUCUUUUAAAAUUUGAUCCAAAAUAAUUUAUAUUUUUAGAGACAAAUGAAUGUCAUAAAAUAUUAUUUUUGUACUAAGACGUCUAUAUAUGUACUGUAUGUGUGCACUUUCAUGCUAUAUGCACACUGAUGGCUAACAGGGAUAUUAAAAGUUUGACGUUCU